GAAAACGGAUCUGAAAGAGAAAGAAAACGAGAAGGAGAGAAGAAAAAUCACAUUUUCUGGACAGUGAUUUGAUUGAUCAUCUGGAGUUUUGCGAUUAUCAUGUGUUGAUCGAAUUUUCUGUGAGAAAAUGGACGAUGUUUUCGGGGAGAUCCUGGGAUGCGGGCUUGGCUCUGAUUCCGUCAUGCUGAGACUUCUAAGAUCAGCCAUGGACGAAGCGCACGAGAACGUGCAGUGCACGGACGGCCCUGUCGAGCUGUUAAACGCCAGAUCGAAAUUCUACGAGCUGGCCAUGAUCCUGGUGCUGGGCUGCUCGAAGCUGAUCGAAGAGAAGACGGACAUACCAGAAUGCAAUCGCGACAAGAUGCUCUCCGACUUGAGGGAGAGCGAGGACGUGGUUAGAGGCCGCCUCCACGAAUUGAAACUCGGGAUUGUUAACAAAGACCGGGAGCUCACCAGCAGAUUGGAAAAUGAGUCCCGUUUGAGGCAGGCUUUGGAGUCGAGGGAGAGGGAAUUGGCUUCUCUGCAAGCGCGGUUCGAGCUCGAGAGGAAGAAGAGCGAGGAGUUGUUGAUCGAUCAGGCCAUCGGGGAUCAAGGGAAGGAAGGGUGUAUCUGUGAACUGAAGAACUCUGUGGAUCAGCAGGUGUGGAACAUCAAGCAGAAGCUCGAGGGCGGGAACGGGAACGAGGCCUACGCCAAAGAAGCCCUCGAGGAAACGCCGGCUGAACAGAACGUGGUGAUCGAGCAGAUGAGCUCUGAUAUCGACUGCUUGAAGGGCACGGUUGAUCUUGCUUUUGGCCGGAUGCAGAAUGCCGAGGCUCGCCCUUUGGAGAAGCAAUGGCGGUGGAGAAUUGAGAAGGAUACCAUCUUUAUCAUAAUCAGGGGUUUCUUGAGCAGUCUCCAACACAGAUUUGAAGCAGAACUGGGAAAGAGAGCCAGUGACCGUCAAGCUUCUUCUGGCUUCUUCCCCGGGCACAGUUGGGUGCAGUUCAUCGAUCAGAUCACUAGGCUGCAUCGCGAACUCAAGGCUCUGUGUAGUCAGAAUGGAGUUCCGGCUGGUAACAACAGUUCAGAAACUCUAAGCAACAUUCGUCGAACCAGUAGUGAGCCAUUGCCAGAAUUAGGAAAUUAUGAGGAAGAAGAACAACACGAGGAGGACCAGGAUGGUAAUGGUAAUGGUGAUGGAAGUCACUUUGUUGCGACAAUGAUAAAGAAUCAUGAAUCAAUCAUAAGGAUGCAGCGCAAAGAGUUGAAUUUGUCUAAGAGGGAGGUUCUUAAAGAGAGCUCAUCCAUCAAGAAACUCAACCACUCCAGCAGCACGAAAAGAAGGCUCGAGAAUGUUAUUUCAAGAUUGGACAAUGUCAUCAAGUGGAAUGCAAAAGCAGGCGAUUUCAAAGCUCUUAACAGGACAGUAAGUUCUCGGGGUAAAGAGAAAGCAACUGCCAAUAGUUUGGCUAGUUUUGAUGAUCAGAAAGUUGGCGAUAGUUCAGUUUCUUACAUGAGGCAAGUAGACUUGGAUAAUGAGACAAGAAGGUUAAAACAAGAAAGCCGUGAUUUGAAAUUGCAAGCCAUGAUUGUAGAAGAUAUUUAUGUUACCCUUUCCAAAGGUUUGAUGAAAGAUUUGGAACUUGAGUUAUAUAAUUAUGAAGCCGAGAACAGGAUAAAGGAUGAUAUUUGCAUGCUUAUCUUAAAGGAAAUGUUGAAGGAGUCGAACAUUAGCUCUGAAACUAGAUUCAACCAAAGACAGGCUGAUGGUGAACAAGUAUGCUGCACAGUAUGCAACAAGACAAUUAGGGACUUCUGCUGUAGCCAUGGCUUCCGAUCAGCAGUGUCUCAAAAUGAUGGUGCUGAAGUUCACAUGGAAGAGCUGGCACAAUCUAGAACUAGAAGUCUGUUGAAUUACUUGAGAAGCAGGUUAAAUGAAGAUGUGUCAGGAGAGUUGUUCAAGGAAGUGAUUCAGGAAUUGAGAAAUGGUAUGGAUUGUCAUGUCAGUGGAAACCUUAUCAAGGAAGAAACAUACCAAAUUCUUGUCGAUGAGAUGGUUAAAUUUAGAGAGCCUGGUGAUAAUUCUCCAUUAAGCCAGCAUCAGCCAGUCAGGGUUCCAGAAAAUUACACGGGAACUGAAGCCAUUGAGAGUGCACUGAGGGAGGAAAUUUGUAUGGUUUUCUUCAGAGAAAUGAUCGGGGAAUGGAAUACAGAAAGAGAUGCUUAUGACUUUGAGAACUUCGUUAGAGGAGAGAUAUAUCAUCUCAUCCAUACUGAGGCACUGAAGGAUGCUCUUAACUCAUUAGCAGAAUCUGAAGCCCAAAAUAAAGAGAAUUAUGCAGAAGAAUCAUUACUUUCUUCCAAAAAGUCGGAUGGAAGUUUAGACUUCUUUGGAGAGGAGAGCUUGAUCCGUAAAUUGGAUUCUUUGUCGAGACAUUUUGAGGUUCAGGAAGAUUUGAUGCUGGAAGCAAGCUCUGAGAUAAAGGAACACAGUUUAAACAACGACCUGGUGGCCUCAGAAUGUGAGGAGGUGGAUGAACGAGCUGCAAUCGAGUGGUUGUUGACAGAGGAGGAAACCACCUUCAGCUCGGUGAGUAACAAACUGCAGGAAGCUCUGCAGCAAUUCUCCACAAGCAAGGAACUACUGAGAGAGUUGCUGGACAGUUUAGGCAUAGCUGUUAGCUAUACAACAGGAAAGCUUCAAGAUCAGAUUAUAGAUCAUCCUGUUCUCGAUAUUGCAGAUCACAGAGAAGCCUCGGUUUCCCAACCUGACGAUGAUAAAAUUUUGCAGCUAAUCCCGUUCAAUCCCAUACUUUCAUCUCUCGCAGGAUUCCAGCAACUGCUUGUGGGUUUUGAGUGCAUGGUGCACCAACAAUUAGGAAUCAGUUCUCUAAGGUUGAAAGAACUGGAAAAUCAAAUAGACCCACUCAUUCGGUUUGUGGCAACACUGAGGCAAAGGGAGUUGCUUUACAGAAAGGCUUUCUUGACAAGAUGUCAUAAUCUCAGAUUGGCUGAAACUGAGGUUGAUUUGCUGGGAGAUGAAGUAGAUGCCCUUGUUGACCUACUUGAGAAGAUAUACUUGACACUGGACCAAUAUUCACCAGUUUUGUCCCGCUACUUCCCGGUGUCGGAUACAUUGAAGUUGAUCAAGAAAGGGCUGGGAAAGAAGAUUUAAGGGGUUGAGAAAGUCUUGGACAAGCUCAAGAUCAAAAAAAAGCCACUAGACGCAUUGGACUUUGAAUGAAUCCAAUGGUGAAUAACUCCAAUCAUCAUCAUUUGGCCCUCGUUAUAGAGCCAACUUCCAUAAUCUCCAUCCAUACAUUCUUGUUAUUUGAGUCCACCAAUUUGC